GUACAGCAGCAGGACCACAUGGGGCAGCUGGUGAGAGACAAAGCCUUUUCCCCUGCUGUGAUAGAAGGGGAUUUCUAAUUCAUCUGCUGUUUGUACCUGAGUCUUCUCUUUUCCCCAAUUGUCUGUCCUUGCAGAAAAAAAUCUCACCAUAUUCUGAUGGUCACCUCAUUCUAGCUUGAUAGGGCAUCAUGGAUCCGAAAAGUGUUGGUGAUCUUCAAGCCUUGCUCAACCUUUACAAACAGGACCCAACACUCCUGAGAGCAAAACAACUUAGCUUCCUGAGAGAUUCAUUGGAAAGCAUGGGGGACACUAUCUCAGGCUUUCAGAGAAUUGAAGCCUUUCCUUUCAGACAUGGCAAAGAGGAAGAAAAGCCACCAGAGCAACCUACAAGCGAUGAGAGUGAUUUAGAUAUGGAUGAAGAUGGGGUAAUUGAACCAGAUGAAGAUGAUCCCCAAGAAAUGGGAGAUGAAAAUCUAGAGGUGACAAAUGAUAUGAAAGCCAAGGCUGACCAGAAGAAAGAAGAGGCCUAUGCUUCCCUAGAGGCAGGAGAUUUACAGAAUGCUAUUGAUUUGUUUACAGAGGCUAUCAAGUUGAAUCCACAGUCCUCCCUCUUGUAUGCCAACCGAGCUAGCAUCUUUGUCAAAAUGCAAAAGCCUAACGCUGCCAUUAGAGAUUGCAACAAAGCUGCUGAGCUGAACCCUGAUGAUGCACAGGCCUACAAGUGGAGAGGGAAAGCACACAUGCUGCUGGGCCACUGGGAGGAAGCUGCUGAAGACCUUGCCUUGGCCUGUAUAUGGGAUUAUGAUGAAGACACCAAUGCCCUUCUAAAAGAAGUACAGCCAAGAGCCCUGAAGAUGAUUGAACAUCACACCAAGUAUAAAAGAAAGCGCACACUGAAAAAAAUCCAGAAGAUUCAAGAAACUCUAGAUUGGAUCAAAAGCAUCUUGGAAGAACAAGAGAAGGCACAGAGGGAGGAGAAUUUUUGGCAGUGGAUUAAUCAAGUCUGUCGAAGGUACUUAGACUUUUUUAUGGCCAUUAUAGAUCCCAGGAUUAUCCUGGCCUGGCUGGAUGUUACCUGGAACCCAGACAAUAUCUCCAAAUACCGAGACAACCACAAGUUUAUGAAGUUCAUUGGCCAGGUUGAAUGAAUGUAUACGCCAGCCAUAAAUGAGCCUUUCAUUAAAUUAAAAUUGUUGUGUGUAGCAUCACACAAUGUUG